GUCGGGAGAUCUAGUUAUAGGAGGAACAUUAAGGUCGCUCGUCUUGGACCCCAAAUCCUCUUGAUUACCUGGUAGGUACUGACUAGUUUCGGGACUUUGGAAGCGAAGGUCUAGGUAAUUGAAAUGAGCUCCAUCCGCCUUACGUUGACAAAGGUCAUGGGAGACCGUUCUAUCGAUCAUGUCUUCCGAAAAGCGUGUUCGGACACACGAGGAGAUGUCCAAGGAGAUGAGCGGGAAGGAUUACGCAGUAUGUGAUCAAUGCCGAAUUAAGAAGAUACGAUGCGGAAGAGAGAAGCCCUUCUGCUCCAACUGCAACCGCCUUGGGCAAAAGUGUGAAUGGUCUGGGAAUGGCAAGAAGGGUAACCAAACAGCUCUACUAAGCCAUACCAUUGAGGGUUUAAGCAGACGCCUUGAAAAUUUGGAGGACGCACUGGCAGAAACACAGAAUACUGUGAAGAGGCUUGCAUCAGGAACCCCAACCCUCACUGAAGCUCCUGUAGCGCUGCAGCCCAGUCACACUUGGCCCACGCCAGAGGACGCCACUCCCACGACCUACGAUGCACCCAUUUUCAAGAGGCCUCUUGGCCACUUUAUGAGGGGUCAAAAUGCUGAAACCACGGAGAGAUACUUUGAACCAACGUCGCUAGAGUCACUCUUAUACAGUAUAAGAGACUCUAUCCUUGAACCCCUCGUUGUUGAGUCUGGGAAUCAGAGUGUGAGAGAAAACGCCCUUGUUGCGCAGCAAAAAAUCGAUCUCUUAGUGAGCCAGGAAGAAAAGUCCAUUCGAAAUGGAAUUCUCCCUACAGCACCACCCAUCUCUAUCUUGAGGGGUAUGAUCGAACCAUAUUUCUCAACCAUCAACCCUCAUUUCCCCAUCUGGACUAAAGAAUCAUUCGAGAGAAUUGCCACCGCGCUACAAACGACAUGUUCUUCCGGUCAAGACCUAGGGCGCAUUGUAUGUUCCAACAAUUUGAUACUUAUGACUUUAGCUGCAAACCUAUCCCAUCCUCCUCGUCAUUCAGAUAAGUCGAGUAGGUCUAAGCCGGUGCGCGGUACCUCUUCUAUUGAUCUCGAUCUUACGAAGGGUUUCCUCGCAAAUGCAAGAAGGGCAAUCGAGCAUGCUGAACUUCUACUCUCACCUCGACUCAUCAACGUCCAGGCGCUCCUAUCUCUGUGUGUAGUAGCACAAGAACAUAUGCCGCCAGAUGUCUUCAAGAAGUUAUUUAAUAUGGCUGCUCAGUGCGCAAGGUCCAUCGGCGUCCAUGACUGGGAAAGAAACCCACUAGAACGAGAAGACACCAGAGAAAGACAAUGCGUGUCGUAUUGUUUAUAUAUUCUCGAUAAAACGGCCUGCUGGAUCGUCGGCGGGUCGGUUUCAAUUCCUGUAUCCGACGUCUAUAUCGAUACUACCUUGAAAUUAUUUGACGACAAGGCAAUGAAUGAUCUAGUUUCCAAAACGAAGCUAGCCGAAAUCGAGGAAGAGAUAUACUUGGAGAUAUAUGCACGUAGAGCUCCAGCAAGGACCGAGGACCAAGUUCGAAUGAUGAUAUCGAAAUUCAACAAGAAACUACAGGAUUGGCUGGUUGAGUCCAGUAAAGAUCAAGAGGCUGAUAGUACCGCUUCUCUGGAACCUAUUCCGAAGAUCGAACUAUCUAUCGGAUUUGCCUGUACGCAAUUGUUAUAUAUGUGGCCCUUCAAGGAACACCCAGAUGCAACAUCUCAACGUAUAGAAGUUAGCAGGAGAUGUAUGAGACUCUUGCUUCGACUAUGGGACUCCACGGUGGAAAUAGGACAUCAAGGGAUACUUCCGCGCAUCGUCGCUUCCCACCCGCCUCUAUACCUUUACGAGGUUUAUGCACAUGUUCUCAGCGGAGAUGAGGGGCAGGAUUCACCAGACGUAGAACUACUCCAAUCAUUUGCCGAAAUGCUUCGAAGCAUAACUGAUCUACAAGAAGAAAAUACAUACAAUAGACGGUUAUGUGAGAUAUCUUCCGUUCUCAUAGACGUGGUAUCUGCGAGGAAAACCCAACAUAAACGGCGAAAAACACAUCACACUUCAUCACCUUCGAUAUUACUCUCAUCUUCAACAUCGCCGAGGCGCACACGUCGCGCAUCUCCCUUCACCCCCUCUUCAGACAUACAUACUCAUUAUAAUGAAAACAACACAUCCCCGCAAGUUCAAAACGACAGUCAAGGUACCUCGAAUCUCACAAGUUCAAGCUUCGACUCGCUGAUAUCCCCGGCCGAUUCAGGGGGUUGUGCAGAGGACCAACUAGCAACAUUAAUAGGAUCGCUAGGAAAAGGACCUUUUGAAACCUUCGACCUUCUCGAAUAUAACGAUACUCAAACAUCGAGGAGCGAAAAUCUUGCCGAGAAGGAAAUUUGGUGGAAUUGAAAAUAGGUACAUAUUAGACCCGAACCCUUCCUGUUCAAUGAAAUAGGCAGAAGGAGUUUGUGUGUAGAAUUGUGUGGCAGAAUGUUUAUGGAUCAAGGCUUUGCCUCUAGUAAGAAAGGACA